AAUUUUGUUUAUAAAAUUGCAGCCGAGCUGAAAAUUAGAGACACUCUAAAGGACAUUGAUGACGCAUCUCUAGACAAAAUAGAAGAGGCUUUCACCGCCAAUAAUUUGUGCCGCUGUAAAAAUCCAGUUACAACAGCUUUUGAGGUUAGUCUGUAUCAGCAUCAAUCCUCUUAUAUAGACGCUUACAACUACAAGUGAUUUGGGAGCGAAGAUAUUCUGACAGCAAAAAUCAUGGCGAGACACUUAAAGUUUGAGCAGAAAACCCACCUACGGCCAUCUUUUUCUAUUUUCUGCGAGAAAAGGUUUAAAAAAUCAGUGAAGGUGAUUCUCUUCAAACGGCCUUCCUUCUCACAUCUCUGAUCGGAAGAAUUAAGACCUGUGGGAAUCAAUUAACCAGGCAACCAGGUUGGGGUAAGAGCGCAGUGUUGUAUGGUACUAAAAUACCUUUCAGUUGGAUAAAUCUGUCUCAACCAUUUUCUCACCGUUUGUAAAGCAAAAAUAAAUCAACAAAGACAAGAAUUAUUUUAGGUCACGAUAUUCAUACACAUCAUAAUCAUUUCUAGAUUCAAGAUCAAGCAUGUUGGUCCAGCACAUCACUGAUCCAAUUUUGUUGGAUGGUGUAAUUGUAUCCGUUUGAAAGAAAGAAAUAUUAUUCACUCAUUUAGGCCGGAUUCACCAUCAUCCAUCAUCUUCAAGGCCGUCCAAUGGUGUUCAGGGGAAUCCAAAAUUCGCUUUCGCAGCCUAAUGUCGGACACCAGUUUUUUAUUACUCUCCAUGCAGGUUUCAACGAAACUUAGGGAACUCUCCUACUAUCGAGACGAGAGUGCAGUAUUUUUUACUACGCUAGCAGAGCAGGUUGAGGACUUCUCUGUUACGCUUAUGGAUCAAAUCAACACGAAAGAGGAAAUCUCAAUUGAGCACGAGGAAAUCAGUGAUAUGGACCCAUAUGCGUCUUUACUUGAUAGCAUCACCGAAUCAGCUAUUCGCUUUUCGCAGAAAAAGGUAUAUAAACUUUAUAAUGAUAUGGCUGCUGGAUUUAAACGUUCAACAAAAGUUGCAAUUAACCGUGCUAAUAUACAACAAAGUUGUUCUACGUUUCCUGAGGCACAGAAUAUCGCAAAGUGCCGAAAAAUAUUGAGAUUCUUCAAGGUAUGAAAAAGAGUAUGAUUUUUGGGCCGUUUGAUCUGAAAACGGGUACAUUGAAUAGACUUUGCCUAUUUUGGUCUGGAAUCACGGGCGUGGUUUUUCAGGGAACGACGGGAGUGCAUCAACGUAUUUGUCGUUUCAAUUCCAAGUGAAUAAGAAAGAGAGUUAGAGUUAUAUGUGAUUUCGAAAUAGAUUUUAAGGUUAUGGGCUCCUGGCAUGAUGACAAAAUUUUUCCUAGGGAAACGUAUGUUCCGUUUGUGAGUCCUCCAGGUUGGAAGACGGAUAUGUAUUUAGGGGGGCAGGUCUGAAAAGGGGUGUGGAAAUGACAUUUUUGGUCUGAAAAUGGGGUCAGGAUUUGGAGAACCCGGGUGGCACACCCCCACCAAGAGUAACCCCCCACUGGAAAUCAGCCUACUGUCUGUAAGGGAAUAAAUAUUUGCAGACAACAGGCCUUACGGGAUAACCAUUCAAAACCAAAAAAAAGGAAAAUGUAAAUGAAAAUCUGAUAAAGAGAGGAAAACACUCCCUCGACAAAGCUUCUGUCGGCGAUACAUUACGUGAAAUAAAUAAGAAAGAAUUAAAAAUAGUACAAGAUUUCAAUUCGAAAGUAGUGAUAAUAGCAAAAAUGUUUUACUUUCCAACAACUCAACUUUUUUGUGCUUUUAUUUUUCCCUAGUUUGUAUCCCUUCCACUGUCGUACAGACUGCUGACCCAAAGGUGGAACUAUGGUUUGCCACUUGACUGUCAACCAGGGAAAAAAUUGAGGUUUCUGGUAUAUGUAUUUAUCGUACUCGACACUAUUUUGACUCCUGUGUUUCUUCCUCUUAUCACAUAUGCCUUCUACAAGGACCAGGUAACCUGUCUGACUCGUGAAGUGGUUAAACCGAACAAGAAAACAUUAAGAGGUUCGUUACCGAUGGAAGAACAUUAUUAAAGCCGAAUUAUAUUCUUUACAAGCACUCCAUUAACAUAGUUAGAAACAAAUAGAAAUUCUCAAACUGCAUAUAUUUCAGAAGGACCCUAAAUAGGCAAUUGGCUCGUAAGCGUGUCAGUGGUAAUUUAUAGGAAUUUUCGAGCAAGUGUUCAAAGGAAUUGUGAACCUAGAACUUCCUGUUGCUGUCCCUGUCUCCUUGCAAAAGGAGUUUAUCAGAGAUCUUAAGUUACGACGACGGCGAUGGCAAUGAGAACAUAAAAAGAAAAACUGAGCAAGAGGUUAAAUAAUCAAAACACCAACUCUGUAAGUAAGUGCAUCACAUGUUUUUGUACAAUUCUUUGCCGUCACUGUAAGACUACGACGUGAAAGUGCCUAUUCAAUCUCUUUAAUGGAGGACGUAAACAAGCCACGAGGAAAUUUUCUUUCUUUUUCUUAACUUGGAUAUCAUAUCUUAAAAGUUCCACUUUAGAAGACCCUCUGUAAAAACAAAGGAGACGAAUUUCGUUGGAAGAAAAACAUGAAAAUUUCAUAGCGGCGGUGAGAAAAUGAGAAAUGCUAGCGGCCACCAAGCUGAAAUGAGCGGCAGUGAAAAACAUAAAAGCGAACAGGAACUCAAGCAACAAAAUUUUGAUGAGCACAAACGACAAUUCCUCCAUAAAAAAUAAUGUGUAACUAGGACGUUUCACCUUUUUGUCGUGCAAAACGGCAUUGUAGUAGAAAAAACAAAUUUUGAAAAAAAAUUGGGUGUCAGAACUCAGUUGCCUUGGCAACUACAAUGUUGAUGCACACGUCAAAACGACGUUAAAAUGUUUCCAGCUAAUUCUUAGGAAAAGUCUUGGUGGUUAUAGCUUAAACUGUUUUGAAGUUAUUCAAUUUUUUUCGUCUUGGGGAGAGGGCUCCAAAAGCCCCUCGGUCUGAUUAGGGUUACUAUAAAACUCCCCAUUGACCAAACGUUCAGCAACAUCGUCUCUAUAUAUAAACAUAUCCGAAUACGUUUUUGGCGCCUAUAAAUUCUAAUACCCUAUAUGUACUUAAAUCUGGAAAUAUUUAUGAAUCCAGUACGUACGUACGCACCUAAGUAAUGAUAUGUAAACGCGGAAUUGGCCACGAUGUCUAAUUACUGGGUUCGACGUUACAACUUAUCAUGUUUGUAUUGCAGAUAUGUACCUGGACUACUUAACAACCCCCUUCGUCAUCUUUUUAAAGGAAACACUACAACAAAUAGUGUUCAUAGCUUUACACAUCAGAAUAUGCGUAUUGGGGUCUCUUGUAUCACCAAGAAUCGAGGAAUAUCUCAUUCUUGUAUUUUACAUCGGAUUGUUGAUCUCUGAGUUUCAGCAAUAUUAUACAUCUGAAUCCAAAGUUUAUUUUCGGUAAGAUGGCAAGGCUAAGACCUUUAAUAAAGUAAUUAACUUUCCCGUAUAACCCUUCCUCAGACCUUCCUUAUAUUAGUCAAUGAAUGUUUAUUAAUUGCGAGUCAGAAAAGCUUUUGAAACCAGACUUAGCUUAUCAGUGUUCCUUGGUCCAGCUGUCGGUCUGACUCUGACUAUCUUCCAAUGACGAGUGGGCUCCUCAACUGAGCGUAAGUUUGAAAAGAACUUUCAUAAGAGAUCCACAUAUUCAGCACUUGUCACAAACCUGAAAAAAAUAUGUAUUAAUGCAGAUCAAAGGGUUUUAGCACAAAACUUUACCUCUUCAGGAGCUACAGUGGUGGUUAGAGGGAGAUUUGGAUUCCCUUGUUUGCUCAUCCUCUAUAAAUCAUCUAGACACUGUUCUUUAGCAACAUAAACUCAAGCAGCAAUACAAAUAAAUAUAUAUAUUAUUCUAGAAAAUCAAAAAUAAAAAACAAUUUUCACUUCUAUUAUAAGAGUGAGAGUUAUAUGAGUCCAACAUUUGGAUGCUUUAAAUUAUUUAUGAAGAUAACAUACUGUAGUUAAUGACAUUUUGUUUUCCAUGCUUUGUUGAUCGAAAGGUAGUUUUUGUUUUCUUUUUUACUGUUUACGCCCGACUUACCGUGAAAUUUUUACUUUGCUUACCGUAUGUUAAAAUGGUACUCAUUUGUAAAGUUGUUCUUCACAAAAUACUUCUUAGUCUUGUCUUUCUUCUCCAGAAAUAUGUGGAACUAUGUGGAUGUCAUUACCCUCUCCUGUCACGCCAUCAUACUUGUCCUCAGAGUUGCGUCCAUCAUUAAAGGUGGAGAUCCGUACCAUAACAGACUACUGGCGGUAAUUAACUAUCUCUACGGUGUAAACACUCUGCUCCUAGUCUUGAGGUUUUCAAGCAUACUGGAAUUAAACAAAACAGUUGGACCACUUCAGUUGGCUUUGUUCAGAAUGAUCGUCGAUCUUAUGAUCAUUUUAGUUCAGUUUGUGUUUGUAAUUUUGGCUUUUUCUGUUGCCAUCACAAUGAUCUACACCGCCGAGAUGUCUUAUUUGACGCCAGCACAAGAGGUGGAAACCAACCGGACCCAGGUUAAAAGGUGAGGCUAGCGCAUGUUUAUUUUUUCCUUUUUUUUCUCUCGCUGCUUUCAUCUUAAGUUCUUUUUUUAACCGGAAAUUAACAGAUGUGUAUCUUUGCUAGUUAUUUUGUUUUAUUUUUUUUUAACUUAUUCUUUGUAAACUUAUUUUUUUUAGCUUUUGUGCGAGUGGGUCAUCGUCUUGGUAAGUUCUUUACUCACGUGAUAAAAAAAAAAAAAAACAAAAAAAAACUUCUUGCCGAGUUUUAUAGACCUAAACUUUUUAAAGGCCUCGGGAAUUCAUUAACCCGCAGAUCAGGAGUUGCGUUUUUGUUCUAAUCCUGCCCCACGAUAAAUCCUUCCGAAAUUGGUUUGCCAGAUGAUGUCCUUUUAAUCUCAGCAAGAAUUUUCGAACACUUAACGCCAAAGCUACAACAGCUACUCUACGAAUCAAAAAAGUGUCAACAACAAUUAAAAUUUAAAUUUUGCUGGGCCGAAAAUGGAGCUGUCCUCAUGAGAGAAACCGAUACGUCUCGGAUCUUCAAGCUCUAUUCUAUGGAUGAUUUAGCGAAGUUAAGCUCUGGCUCAGCGCCUUAAACUGCGCUAUGGAUAUGUAUAUUUAGUGAUGUUUUAUGGACUAAUAUUUGCAUCGUACGGACAUGUUAAUAUUUGCGUCGCAUGGACAAACAAUCUGAGGUACGCUAAAUGUAUUAUUAAUUAUUCUUCUUUUCAUGCCCUUACGUGACAAAAGAGUAGAGAGAGAAAACAAACUUCUACUUAAGGGACUACCUUACUAUGGGUGCAAAGAUCUUGCUUCUGCACAUCAGCAAUUUAAUAAUUUGCUCACAUCUGCUCUGUCCAGAAAUCAACUUGACAAAUUUAAGAGCUUAUUUGACCUUGACCUCUUUAAUUUGAAUGUACCUACAGAUCAACAGGUCAAAGUCAGCAGCAGUGCUCAUAGCCAACUUAGAUGCAACUACUUUUCUCCUCAUAAUUUCCUCAGGCAAAAACAUAGGCUAGCUCAGCCUGACAACCUUUUCUCUAUCUUACAUAAUAAUAUUAGAAGUCUUAGCAAAAAUCUUGAAAACCUCCAGAAUCAUCUACUUAAUGAGUUUGAUACUCAUUUCAGUAUAAUUGAAGUAUCUGAAACUAGGAUAGUUAAGGAUAAACCAUUACUUUUCAAACAAAAUUUACUUGGCUACAAUUUUGAACAUGUACCAACCCCUCUAUCAGCUGGAGGUGUUGGGCUUUACAUAAAUGAGCUUAUCCCCUACAGAAAUAUUCUAGAAAAGGAAUCUAUAUCAUCAUUUCAAGCCUUGUGGUGUGAAUUAAACAUGCGCAAAGGAAAAAAUAUCAUCUGUGGAGUGCUCUAUAGGCAGCACAAUUGUCCAGAUCAUUUCCUAGAUUAUCUGUCAAGCAAACUUGAAACUCUCUGCGCCCGAAAUAAUGAAAUUAUCCUACUCGGUGACUUCAAUAUAGAUCUCCUUAAAAUUGAGAGCUGCGGUUAUAGCCAAAAACUUUUUUGAAACUUUACAAAGUCUAUCUCUACUUCCAACUAUCGAUAAACCCACAAGGUCUUAUGGUAGCUCCCCUACCUUAACCAUAUUCAGACUGGGGGGGGGGGGCUUUUCGAACCCCCCCUCCGGCAAAAUCGUGAUAACUCCUACGCCGAAAGAGCUAUGACGUUGAAAUUUUCUGACUUUUCCUAAAAUUUAUCUAGGAACAUUUUGGUAUAAUUACCAUGUCCAUGUGAUUAAUCAUGUUGCCAUGGCAACCAGUUUCUGACACAUAGGUUUUGGAAAAUUUAAAAAAUGGUGAUUUUUUUGUUUUAAGAUCGCGUUUUUACACCUAUAGUGCUUUUUGUUGUUAAAAUGGUCUUUGCUUGGGACUAGUUUUUGAAUUACAUCAAAAUUUUGUAACAUCGAAUAUUUGGGGGGGAGGGGUGGGGUAAAAUUUGUCACUUUUUUGCUUUGACAAAUAUGCUGCUCUAUUUUCCAAAUAACACUUCCAAAGUCAUUUGUUUGGGUAAUAAACAUUAGUUUGAUACUUCUUUUAUACAUUCGGAGCUUUUUCCCCUUUGAAAGUUGCUUUAAAUUAUAAUUUUAACAAAAAAACGGAAAUCCAAGAUGGCGGACAACCAUUUCAAAUUUUAAAUUUCAUUGCUUCCUAUUGCUUUUUCUCGCUGUACAAGUGUUUCCUUGUUACUAGUUCAUAAGAAAGGAGAUGACUUUACCAAUAUUAUUGAUAUUUUACGUAUCUAAGUAGAAAAAUAAUAAGAAACAUUGAAAAAUCGGAAUAUGACGUCACUGUGACGUCAUCAUUGGGCGUGGCAAGUCAAAACUGGGUGUGGGGCUUCUUUGUACGGAGAUGAUCAUUGUGUGUAAAUUUCAUGACCCUAGCAUUAUUGAUUCCUGAGAUACAGGGGGGGUCCAAGGAGCCCUCCCCCAGUCACAGAUUGACCAAAAAAGCCCAGUCUGAAUAGGGUUAAUUGAUAAUAUUUUCAUUAAUAGCCUAGAUAAGUUUGUACUGAGUGGUAACAUUGUGUCCGACAUCAGUGACCAUUACUCACAGGUUUGCUUCCUGUCUAGCAACCUUCUUUUCUAAUAGUAGAAUCCGCAAACGGGAUCUUUCAUCAUUUAACCAAAGUGAUUUCAACAAUGAUCUCGAGCUAAUCUCCUGGCCCCCUAACUCUGAUGCUGACUGUGCAUUUUAAUGUCUUUUACAAAAAAAACUUAACAGACUAGUUGAUAAGCAUGCACCUUUUAAAACAGUAUCUAGACGUAAAUCUAAGCAGAUGGCAAAGCCUUGGAUAACCAAAGGCUUACUCACCUCUAUACGUAAGAAAAACAAGUUAUACCACGAUGAUCUAUGGGAUGAGUACAAAUUGUAUCGUAAUAAAUUAUCACUGUUAACUCGUUUAAGUAAAAGGAAUUACUAAAACUCCUUUUUCGAACUAAAUCUUAAUAAUAUGAAGGCAACCUGGGAAGGGAUUAAUAACCUAAUAUCUUCCUCCAAGAAGAAAGUAAACCAAAUUUCUAUUAUUAAAAAACCUGAUGGUAGUCUCUCAACUGACCCUAGUGAAAUCGCAAAUGUGCUUAAUAGGCAUUUUGCAGUGUGGGACAUAACCUUGCUUCCAAACUACCACCUUAAGCACUCAUUUAAUGAAUAUCUCACUAACAACCGUUUGCCAAACUCUUUUAUCUUUGAACCCAUUAUUCCCAAUGAUGUCAGUGCCCAAAUUCAGGCCUUGCCCCUCUACAAGUCUUAUGGCAUGUUCUCUUGUCCUAUUAAAAUCCUAAAAGGCUGCAAACCCAUUAUUAGCCAACCACUUGCUAACAUUUACAAUUUAUCUGUCAUCCAAGGUAAACAUCCCAGCAAACUAAAACUUGCGAAGAUUGUGCCAGUUUAUAAAGAUGAUGAUGAGUCCUGCGCAAGCAAUUACAGGCCUAUUUCUCUUUUGUCCAUAUUCAAUAGAAUAUUUGAAAAACUAAUGUAUCAAAGACUCAGUAAAUUUAUCAUUAAGCACAAUAUAUUGAUUAACUCCCAAUAUGGCUUUAGGAGUGGUUAUAAUACUCAACAUGCAAUUCUGGAUAUUGUUAAUACAAUUCAAAGUAAUACGAAUAGUGGUAAAUUCACCUGUGGACUCUUUAUAGAUCUGAAAAAAGCCUUUGAUACUGUUGAUCACUAUAUUCUUCUUCAAAAACUUGAUUUUUAUUGGCAUCAGAGGUAUUGUUAAUGAUUGGUUCCGAUCUUACCUAACCUAUAGGAAACAAACCACUUCAAAUGGCUCUUGUAUGGUGUUCCACGGGGCUCUGUGCUGGGCCCACUUUUAUUCUUAUUGUAUGUGAAUGACAUUGCAAAUUCUUCAAAGUAUCUUUCGUUUUAUUUAUUUGCUGAUGAUACAAGCAUUAUUUAUGCAAACAAGAAUCUCCAUAAUCUUGAACAGAUAGUUAAUUCUGAACUAAGUAAUGUCAGUGACUGGCUUUUAGCCAAUCAGCUAACCCUUAAUUUCAAAAAAUCUAAUUACGUGCUUUUCCGUCCUCGGCAGAAAUGUUUAACAUAUAAUCCCUCCAUCAAAGCUUAUGAUCCAGCUAUAAAUGCAUUGAGUACCUUAGAAAAGAAAGAUUUUGUCAAAUACCUUGGUGUUCUGAUUGAUUAUGAACUUUCCUGGAAAAACCAUAUUAAUCUAAUCUGUUUAAAGAUAAGUAGAACCGUGGGAAUUCUAGCAAAGCUUAGACAUAGUAUUCCAUUACGUCCCCUCUUAAAUAUCUAUCAAGCCCUUAUCAACCCCUAUCUUUAUUAUGGCAUCUGUGCUUGGGGCUCUGCACCUAAAACUUAUUUAAAUAAGAUACUCUUAAUUCAAAAACGAGCCCUACGCCUGAUUUACUUUACGGAUUAUAAGCAACAUGCUGUACCAUUUUUCUUAAAAUCAAAAGUCUUUCCCCUAUCUUUUAUUUACUUUGAUUGUCUUUGUAGUAUCAUGUGGGACGUUGCUAACAAUUCUGCACCUGAAAAUAUCAAGAGAGCCUUUACUAGGAUUUCUGAGGUGCACUCAUAUCCUACCCGAUCUUCUCUCAAUGAUGAUUUCUAUACCGAACACUCAAGGCUUGAAAAAAUGCGUAGUUCUUUUCUAAGAGUACGUUGGACCAAAAAUCUGGAAUUCUUUACCCUCAGAUAUGAGAAACUUACCAAAAUCUACCUUUCGGAAAAAGACAAGGAAUAAGUUCUUUGAAAUUUUAUCUAAAUCUGAUGACUAUCUUGAAAUCACUGAAAUCAUGAAUCAACUUAAAUUUAACUAGCUCAGGAACACAACUAAAUUUAUAUUCUCUGUGUAAAUCAUAUUGCAAUUAAAUUAGCUUAAUACAUAUUAUAGUUUUUAUUUUGCGACAGCUGAUACUGUUUGUAAAAUAGUUCUUUUUUUUCCUUUUCUUUCUUUAAAUUUGUGUGUCUCUUCCCCCGCCUCGAUUAGGCUCUCCUAUACGCGGGUGGAGGCUAUCGUGUAAUUGUAAAUUGAAAGUGAAUGAAUAAAGUUGAAGUACGCCCGCCCCCUCGAUACAUUUGAAAAUGAAGAUAGCCGUGACGGUAAGAAGCUGUGUAUCUAAACGAUCUCACGAAAAAAUAGGGGACUGUGAACAGUCUAACUAGUGUAGACUGUUCACAGUCCUCUAUUUUUCCGUAAGAUCAUUGAGAUCGAGAGCUUUGCGUUACGGGCUACCCAUCUUGCAUGAGUGUCAAAACUACCUAAGGGACGGGGGCGGUUUGGGAGGAAGCGAGAAAAAUAGAGUAAAAUCAAGAUAGCCGUGACAGUAAGAAGCGGUGUAUCUAAACGAUCUCACGAAAAAAUAGGGGACUGUGAACAGUCUACAGCUAGUGUCAAAAUAUAAAGAAUGACGGAUGGACGAAAGACCAACUGCAGAAAUUCUAUAAUGAAAAUAACAAGAAAGUAUGCAUUUGCCUAAAUCCUCUUUCCUAUGAUUAUAACGUUAACUUUUUUAACGAUGCAUGUCAGUAACUUUCCCACAAAAGCGUUAAUACCGCUGAAGUACUAGUUCCCUGGCAAUUUCAACAUAUUUUAUCUGUGCUAUUUUCCAUUGCAUAGCUUAUUUAAAGCAUCUACCCAUCUUGUAUGGUCAGUCUUUGGCCUGACGAAUCUGGAGACCCUGGAAUCCCAUGACACCUGGUCAGAUACAGUCGUUGGUAUCCUCUACGUAAUGUUUCUGGUUUUAACUGUCAUUAUGCUGAUCAACAUGCUAGUCGCUUUGCUCAACAACACUUACAAUAAAGUGGAGGUAAAUAACGUUGCCGUAACUGUUUGAUCAUCGAAAUCGGUUGAAACUUUUAUUCUGAAAAACGCAAAUCAACAACAUAGCAAACACGCAUAUAAUUAGGUUCGGGCCACAAUCUACGUUGGGAGGUUCGACUGUGAGUGUUAUUUUAAAGGGACUAUGUCUCGCUUUUUGCUAUCUUUUCAAAAAGCUAACUAAAGACUAUUUUCCAACCAAUCGAAUUUCAAAAAUAAUGGUUCAGCAGACACUAGAACUGUUUCCUGCUCUUUAUUGCAGACGAUGACAAAGAGCAGAUUUUACUUAAAACAGUAAUAUCCUUGUGACAAAGACCCUCUAAGACCUUAAAAGAACUGAGAGCUACUUAGAAGAGUGAAAGCAAGACGUCGAAAAAAACAAUCAAAUAUGUCUAUUUUUAUUGACUCGACACCCGCAGGAGAUAAUUAAGAGCAGUUGUCUGUAAGAUUCGAGCUAUAUUAAAAAGGCGCUGCCACACUAUCUCACCGAAUUGGCUAAAAAUUGGCAUGUAGACUUGAUUUGAGGUCUUUAAUAAGGAAUAGGUAACUUUAGGUUCUAAUUCCUCCUACUUCGGAAAUUAUCGACAUGGCCGGUUUUUGGGUGCCUCGGACCGGCGCCAUAUUGGUUAAUAGAAGCUACUUUUGAGCCUUCGACUACAACCCUGUCUUCAAAGCUAAUCUUCCUUUGCCAAUACAGAUUGAAAGAACAAUCCCUCUUUAUUGUAUUUUUAGAAACUACUUCGAAAUUGAUAACGUUUUCGCAACGAUCGAUUAAACUUUUGGUGGGUAUACUUUUUGAAUUUUUUACACCCGCAAAAUUAACAGAAUUUUAAAGGCGUAUAUCUCAUUUGCCACAUCGCAUUGAAACUUGCCAAUCUUCCUGAAUACUCACUGUUUGUAGUUAAAUCGAGUUCAUCAAUAAAAAAAUUGGGCAAAUUUAACGGAGCAGAAACAAAAGUAAUGAAUGGAAGACUGUUCUAGCGACUUUGUCAAUAAUCUGUACACCGAAUAUUCGCCAGGUGUUGCCAAAAUUACAAUCGAUAAUAGAGUUUGUCAUUAAAUCUGAGUGAUCUGUGUAAUAAAAUUAGCCUCUGUAAUAUAAUCGAUAACUCUGCUGCGAAAAACAGUAUAAAAAAAGGCAGAUUGUUUAAGGAAAAGGAAAAUGAAUUUGUUAUGUUUAUGCUAUGACGCGUAAACAAAAUUCAACCAUCACAGUCGAACUGGAAUUUUCCUGAUUUUCCUCCAGUUCCUUUACCGAAACCAGAGCUUUUAAAAUUAACCAUAGUAAUGAAAAUUGAGAUGUAUUACCUUACUCGACGACAAAGUUGCCAGUUUUCACCUUGAUCGAAAAAAAGUAAUAUUUUCCCACGCAUAUCGCGGGUCGUCACGUUCCUUGCCUGGCGUUACAACUCACGUGAAACCGCCUGGUUUCAAACAACUGAACUGAAGAAUCCGCGAAAAUCUUAGCCAGGCAAUAAAUAAUGGAAGUUGAUAUAAGUUAUCAUUAUUAGUGAGCGAGGAUCGAUGCGAUGAUAGUUCCAGCUACAUGUGUUUACAGCGUUUGAAGAUUUACUCAAAACUCAUGAGACAUGAGCCCUUGAAAUAAACAUCAUUACUUCCGGUUUUAAAAAUUGGGCGUUGGCAAAGUAAUGAAUAGACUCAUUCUACCUUGUACACCGUUAACAACGGUUCCGUGUACAAUUUUCAGGUAUUUUGUCUCAAUCACGAAGCCCGUUUUGAGGAGAUUCUUGAUAAACAGAAAAAUUGGUUUGGAAGGGUUUAAGAAGAAUGAGGGAUGAGCCCGGGACAGCAAAAACCACAGUCACCCCACCGAAGGGCUUUAAAACUGUGCGCAAAUGCCUCACCCUAGGGACAAUUCCAGAUUUUUGUUUCCUUGAAAAAGCUUAAAAUCGCUAGACAAUGCAUGGACAACUCAAGACAGUCCUAAUUCAAAAUAAAGUAAACAGCAAAGAAAAUUCAGUUAGAGACCAGAGUGUUUAUCCGAUAUCGCGAACAAUAAGGAGUGAUUGAAGAUGUGUCUGCAGUUUAAGGUAAAAUCAUUUACCAUGCUCACGGACCUUUCGACAACAUAAGUGUACCGAUUGACGUAAUAUCAGUGGUAAAAAACGAACGCUGUUUACUGUAGGACGAUGACGUCAUCAUACAAAAGGAGUCUUCACUCUGACAUCCAGAAUUUCAAACAGUCAAAACCUAAUUUUCUCUGCUCGUCAAAUGAAAAACGCCUCUGAGGACAAGUAGUGGUAAUGUGCUUGUUAGUAAGACGUCCAACAUAAGGAGACAUUCAUAAUCAACUCGGUUAAUGCAUUGAUAAAGGGAAACUUUCUCCUUUACCCUUAGGGACAGAGUUCAAAGGCGCAAAAGAUUUUUAGUUCAGCUCUAACAUGUGUCGUCUAGCGAUUUGCCUUGAGCUUCUCUAAAUUUUCCAGAUCAAACAAGCUGUGCCCAUCGUACAUAAUCUUGUCUGGGCUCCCUUGAAAAAUUGCAAUUCAUCAGAUGCCUUCAAGUUCAUCCUCCGCCGCGACAACUUCGUGAUCUAUUUUAAUGGGUGGUUUUCUGGAACUAUCCUAUGGCUUGUCCUUUCUGGUCGUCACUAUAUUAGCGAACAUGUUUCAAUUUCUCUCCAGCAAAAGUCUCUAUCAGGAGCGUGGCCAGGACUUUCCAGGUGUGCGGAAAAUUUCCAAAACUUAGCCUAACAUCUUACUCAGUUCUCUCGCAACGUUUCCCCACUACAUUUGCUAAUUCUGUUAACUAGGUGAGGUUAUGCGUGGAUGAAAUGGCACUUGCAAUCGGUGAGAAAAUUAGGUUAGACACUUUACCCUCAAGGACGACUCUUACGUUUUGCUUACACUUUCUACCUUAGAAGAGAUAAGUGAAGCUUUGCCUUCCCCACUCCGUGUAAAAAAAUGUCGUUCGGCUGUUCAAACUACUUUUAGGAAACAACAAACUUCCCAACUUUAAUUUUUAAUAAAGGUAUAAGGGUAGGAAUCCAAAUUUUUUUGGAGUAUUUCACUAAUUUUAAUAUGAUGAUUGUAAAGUAGUGUCUAGUGAGUACGGGGGCUAAUGCCCCAUCGUAAAAAUGUGAAAUUGAAAACAAAAAUCUUGUAUAACCGAGUAGUACACAAUUUUAGUUAUUUUAUUGAGUUGUGAAAAAUCACAAAUUUGUUUCUUCUUGAAUGUGUUAUACUCUCAUCCAUUCAGUCUUUCCGAUAUGCCCGUCGGAUAGCGGAAGUUAACGUAAUGCACCUAUCAAUGUAAACCCCGUGGGGGGGGGGGGAGUGCGGGCAAGGGGUGGGGAUUUGACAAAUUUUAAAAUUUUUCGAUCAAAUUCCCCAGGGUGGGAAACGAAAGGUCAAUCAAAAGUGUCAAAAAAGCCCCCACCCCAGGGGAAAAAAUCUAAACAAACAAUGCUAUAAUACUAUAUAAAACGAAUAAAAGAACAUUUCAAACACAUUGUUACUACUUUUAUUUACGGUUAACGGAAGCUCCAUUAAAUUACUCGCUGUAAUUAAGUAUUUUCUCUCUCCACUAGCAUCUCUUAUCUUGAACAACAAAAUCACUUCAGGAAGAUUGACCGUGCUGUAUAAUAUUAAUAAAACGUAAGAUCCUUUAUAACAUCUGCUCAACAUGUCGGAACAAGUCGGAUCAGUGACCCAUAAAAAAUCCUCUGACUUUCAUGGCGGAAUUCGAUUUCAAUCGAGGUUUACAAUCAGAUGGGAACUUGAAGAUAAAAAUUUCCUCAAAAUAGACAUUAUCUGUUUAGAUGACAGUUUAAAGUAUCGCAUUAUGGCAAUUAAAACAAAUGAAAACUUCAUACCUUUCUCCAACAACGUGACUUUCAGGAAGCCUCGAGCGGGGACGGACUUGCUAACUGCUUCUGAAUUGAUACCUGACUUCUGUCGGUUAAAGUCAAAUGUCCCGACCCCGGGGUCGCUUCGCACGAUCAAAAGCCGGACAGCGGGGAUAGUCCCAGGCAUCAAAUCCCCUCCCCUUGCCUGCACUCCCCCCCCCCCACGGGAUUUACAUUGAUAGGUGCAUAAAUGAUCGAUUACCUGAAAAGAAGCUACCAUCCUAACUUUCCACCUUCGGGUCUUUUCCCUAGCCAUAAUGUUUUUCCCUCAAGGAAUUUUUCUCUGUUUUACAUAAUAAUUGGUCUUGCAUUCAGCUUAUCGAUUUUGAGAGCCUAGUCCUAUGCCGUAUUCUGAUGCGAUCUACUUUAUGUAGCUUCCCCCCCAUCUAACAGCUCCUUACUGAACAAAAACGGCUUUAGUUGAGUCUAUUCACUAGUCAAAGAACUAGCCAAUAUUUUUCCAGCGGUAAGCACAAUGUUCCUAAUUCCCCCUAGUCCCCUUCUUAGACGCUUUCAUGUACAUCAGGUGUUAAAUUUUCUUUUCAUAAGCUACAAUGCUCAUAAUCGCGCAUUCUGAUGUCAUUUAUGCUUAAAAAGUUAAAAAUUAGUUUAUCGAAGAAAGAGUGAAUUAAAGGUGUCAUGAGGCGUUUGUGAUUUCAUGAACUAUUUGACGCGGUCCUUUUCUUACGGCUUAUGUCCGUUGGUGAAAUCGCUACUUGGGUUUUCUUGGAUUGAAAAGGGCGGGCUCUUUCUAAAGGUGGCGUUGUUUAUGGGACCUUAGUAUUCAGAACAGAAUCAGUCGAUGGCAAACAACGAAAAGGCUUUUAUGUGGUAAGUUACAGUGAUGAACCUUGCCUCGAGAUGGUCAUAUUUUUGUACAUACCUUCAUGCAAUUCAGUGUUGGUCUGAAAAUUUUUUGUCAUGGAUGGGGGAAGGGUGGGGGAGAGAUCAGAACAUGUACCUCGUGUUGUUUACGAGACAUUAAAGUAAUGAAAACUGUUAAACAGUCUUCUACAAAUCAAAAUAGUUGUAAAUGCUUACGGGAGGCCCUAACUAUAUGAUGAUAAGAAGGGCUAUAUUUGGAAAGGUGCAUGGUCGUGGAGUUAAGGGGAUUUGACUAAUCAACCAAUUUCCCGCUAAACCUGCGCUAAACAUAAGGGCGUGGCCAGUGCCCCCCAAAAUUGUGUUCGCUCGCCCCGGGCUGGCUCGACUUUUGGGAUACGGUUAUGGGGUUAUAAACAAUGAGUUCAUCAUCUAUGUAGCCUACUCGCCCCAAGUGACUGCAUUUCGCUUUUCAGAGACCCAUCAGUUACUGUAUGACCCUCUCCGAUCAGAUUUUAUGUCCGUGGUACUGGUGGUGAGGUCAGUCUACAAGCAGAGUCGUGAAAAACACCGCCACUUGAGCCUUUACGUUCAAAACAUUCCUGGCUAUCGGGAAAAAAAGAAGGCGCCUUCAAAAAUACUAAAUAAAAUGUCAUUUCAAAUAUCACUUUGUCACCGUUCGAAAAUUAUUGUGAAUCAGACCGAAUGAAAGUUCGCUCAAAGAGGGGGAGGGGGGAGGGGGGGGUUGGUAGUUCUUAACAGUUACAGUUAGCUAGAAAAUUAAAAGUUACGAAAAAAUAGUGGGCGAACUGCAGAAUACAUGCACGAAUGAGAAAGAAAAUAGAAAACAACUUGCUGUUCAAAUUCGGGUGAAACUUUUAAUAGCGUCAAGAAGACUGAACUUGAUUGAGGUUGUUCAUUUCAGUUCCGUUCCAGCGUGCAGUUCCUUGUCCUCCUAAAAAUAGCUUCGUCUCCCACCGAUCAUUCCAUGUCAUAUUUUGCGGACUCGGACUUAUUGUUCAGUAAUGACGGUACGAUCAGGUAAUUUGACUUGAUGAGUUCUUUAAUUUCAUUUCAUGUACUAGUUUUAUAUCUUACGCGGGAAAGAUCUGCCAAACAGUGUACAUUAGCAAAGGUAGGUUCCUGUUUACACGUGUAAUUAUCGAAUACCAUACAAUUUGCAUAAAGCUACAGUGCACGGUUGGUUUUUCUAGCCUUUUGAUUAAAAUUGACAACGUUUGCGUUAUCUUUGCCUAAGAAAAUAUGUAAUUUGUAGCUGUAUACAGCGAAAUACUACAGAGAAAAUUGUAACUGUGCAGUACACGAGCGGCUCCCGAUUGGUCUGGGAAAUCGAAGAGCGACUUUGAGCUAGUACCGUGUGUAACAAAAUUUAUAAUUUUCAUUUUAGCGCAUAUUUCAAGCUCUUCGCAAGAUCAGAAUCAAAAGAUCAUCUGUUUACAUUACAAGGGAGGGUUUUUUAAGCGAUAGAGAGGGUUUAAGAGGCACGAUCAAUUUUUAAAGAAUUUUCUUUUCAAAUAUUCACCGAAUUUUGUUUUGAAGUUUUAGCGGCCAAGUGGCUGAACCACUGCGCAUUCAUGCAAUCAUAUUUCUGUUCCGUUGCAUUUGCCCAAUUAUUUUAUUCAACAAUCUAACUUAGCCAUAAACAAACUAUGUUUACUUAAAAUGGCUUAGUCUAAAUCGAUGUGGCAUGGGUGAUAUUGGCCUUCCAAUUUCUACCAAAUUUGUGUACCGUUUAAGUACCGAAAAAGUGCUGUGAGAAGUUAUAGCCGUUCGUAGCUCAGGCUUAACCAUUUUCAGAUAAGAGUAGGUAAAUGAAAGGAGGAAGGAUAGUUCUUUGCAACUGUAUGAGUCACGAUUACGUUAUUUUAAUGAUAAGGUUAGAAUUAAUUACUGUAAAUCUCCUUCAGUUCACCAACAUGGCGGCCGCUCGAGGCCUCGUCAAAACUGUCAUUCCUGUAUCUUUGAAACCAACGAGAAUUCGAACCUUAGAAUAUGCAUUCAGCAUUUAGGACACCAUUCUAAGACUACAUGCCAAAAAUCAGCCAAAUCGAUGAGGUACCGUGUCAGGCCGAAGUUCGAAUUUUACAGAAAAUCACUCUUAAAGCAUCUGGGUCCCCUAAUAUGCACUCUUUAAGACAUAUGAUGUUGCGUUUCAGGAUAAAAUUCUUUAAAUGGCUUACGGAAUACGGGAUUGAGUGAAUGUUUUAAUCAGGGAACAUUUCUUUUUGGUUAUGUUUGUUCUUAGACUAACGCAGAUGUGGAAUGGAAAUUUGCUCGCGCAGUAAUCGCUGAUGAAUAUGGAAGACAUCAUCCCAUUGUUGUUCCUUUCAACAUCAUCACCUUCCCUAUCUUUCACUGUUAUAUCAAGAAGUACGGAGACAGCCGAGCAGAGGUUAGGAGAGGCUAG